AUGAAGAAAGCACAACUAGUUCUAGUCCCUUCACCUGGCAUUGGCCACCUUGUAUCCACUAUUGAAUUUGCUAAACGCUUACUUGAUCAAGAUGAAAGUUUCCUAGUAACAGUUCUUGUCAUCAAAGCACCAUUUGCUCCUGACAUAGACACCUCCAAUCAAUCAAAGAUCGCUACCAUCGAUACUCGAAUUAAAUACAUCACCCUUCCUCAAGCAACCCCACCAGAUCUAGAAUUUUUAAGGUCUCCUGAAAACUAUGUUUCCACUUUCAUGGAAGCUCACAAACCCCAUAUAAGAGAUGCCGUCAUCAACCAAGUCAUGUCCAACAAGUCAGUCCCAAUUGUUGGUUUGGUUGUUGACUUGUUCUGUUCUUCAAUGAUUGAAGUUGCUAAGGAACUUGGGAUUUCUUCUUAUGUUUACUUCGCUUCUGGUGCUGCCUUUCUCGGUCUCUUGCUUUAUCUUCCAACAAGGCAAGAUCAGGUUGAGUUUAAAGAAACCGAUCCUGACUUGACUCUACCCUGUUUUGUCAAUCCUGUGCCUGCUAGGAUCAUGCCGUCGGUGUUGUUGAAGGAUGGUGGAUACAUCUGCUUUGAAAACCACGCAAGAAGAUUCAAAGAGGCUAAGGGUAUCAUAGUCAAUACAUUCACUGAGCUCGAAUCCCAUGCAGUCAGCUCUUUUUCGGGUAAGGAUACACCCCCAGUUUACCCGGUGGGGCCUCUGCUUAACAUCAAUGGUCAGAGUUUGAUGGGGUCAAAUUUGGAGGAACAUGGUAAGAUCAUGAGAUGGCUUGAUGAUCAACCAGAAAAAUCAGUGGUCUUCUUGUGCUUCGGAAGCAUAGGGCGUUUUAGAGAAGCCCAAGUGAAAGAAAUUGCGCUUGGGUUGGAACAAAGUGGACACAGAUUCUUAUGGUCCAUCCGCAAGCCACCACCUGAAGGGCAGCUUAAGCUGCCCAGUGAUUACUCGAGUUACGAAGAGGUCUUGCCAAAUGGGUUUCUGGAAAGGACCAAAAAUAUCGGCAUGGUUUGUGGCUGGACUCCACAAAUGCAAGUCUUGGCUCACAAAGCCGUAGCAGGGUUUGUCUCGCAUUGCGGAUGGAACUCGGUUUUAGAGAGCUUAUGGCACGGUGUGCCUGUUCUGACAUGGCCGAUGUAUGCCGAGCAGCAAACUAACGCAUUUGAAAUGGUGAAGGAUUUGGGGCUAGCGGUGGAGAUGACAUUAGAUUAUAGGAUGCGAUCUAAUGAUAUUGUGUUGGCUGAUAAGAUUGCAGAGUCUGUGAAAUGUGUGAUGGAGGAAGACAGUGAAAUAAGAACUAAGGUAAAUGCAAUGAGUGAAAUUAGCAGGAAAGCUGUAAUGGAUGGUGGAUCUUCGUUUGCUGCUUUUGGAGACUUGAUUGAGAAUAUGUUAUCUUGA